CGUCAGAUCAGACCGAUGGUCCCAGGAAGCAACGCUGCUCAUAUCAUUUUUAGCGAUAAAGACAGGGCAAACGGUAAAUUUCGAGGUUAGAGGAGCAACUUAAUACUGUAAAAAUAUUUGUAAAUAAUCCCGGCGUAUCUGGGUUUCAACCACAGCGGACUUUUGUAAUGAUAUUGCAUUAAUAUGAGCGAUGUUUACUGUGCAGUGUGAUAGGGUGCUGUAAAGGUAGCCUCCAACUGCCUAAAUAUUGGGCAGAAAAAAAACGCAAAAAAUACAAUAUUCUUUUUUUUCACCUGGUCGUGGGCUGGCGCCGAGCCAAUAAUCGACUCUGGAGCAGGACACGGAGGAUAGUAUGGCCAUGACGGGAGGGACUGCAGCUGCCCUUCCCAUGAGCAACCACACCCGAGAGAGGGUGACUGUGGCCAAGCUGACACUAGAAAAUUUCUACAGCACUCUGCUCACCCAGCAUGAGGAGCGAGAGACGAGGCAAAAGAAGCUGGAGAAGGCCAUGGAAGAGGAGGGUUUGCCAGAUGAGGAGAAAGUAAUGCGCCGCUCCCAGCAUGCUCGUAAAGAGACUGAGUUUUUGAGGCUGAAGAGGACACGGCUGGGUUUGGAUGACUUUGAGUCCCUUAAAGUCAUCGGACGAGGUGCUUUUGGAGAGGUGCGUUUGGUUCAGAAAAAAGACACAGGACACAUUUAUGCCAUGAAGAUUUUAAGAAAAGCAGACAUGCUGGAGAAGGAACAGGUCGCUCAUAUCCGGGCAGAGAGAGAUAUUCUGGUGGAGGCGGAUGGUGCAUGGGUGGUCAAGAUGUUUUACAGCUUUCAGGACAAACGGAACCUCUACCUCAUCAUGGAGUUCCUGCCUGGAGGCGACAUGAUGACCCUGCUCAUGAAGAAGGACACUCUAUCUGAGGAAGCCACCCAGUUCUACAUCGCAGAGACAGUCUUGGCGAUCGACUCCAUCCACCAGCUGGGCUUCAUCCAUAGAGACAUCAAACCUGACAACCUGCUACUGGACUCCAGGGGACAUGUGAAGCUGUCAGAUUUUGGCCUGUGUACAGGACUGAAAAAGGCUCAUCGCACAGAAUUUUACAGAAACCUCACGCACAACCCGCCCAGUGACUUCUCCUUUCAGAAUAUGAACUCCAAGAGGAAAGCAGAGACCUGGAAGAAGAACCGAAGGCAGCUGGCUUAUUCCACUGUGGGAACUCCGGACUACAUUGCUCCAGAGGUCUUCAUGCAGACUGGAUACAACAAGCUGUGUGACUGGUGGUCUCUGGGGGUCAUCAUGUAUGAAAUGCUCAUUGGUUACCCACCGUUCUGCUCAGAGACGCCACAGGAGACGUACAGGAAGGUGAUGAACUGGAAGGAAACCCUGGUCUUUCCUCCUGAAGUCCCCAUCUCAGAGAGGGCCAAAGAUUUAAUAUUAAGGUACUGCACCGAUGCUGAGAACAGGAUCGGAGCUGUGAGCGUGGACGAAAUCAAAAGUCACCAGUUCUUUGAGUCUGUCGACUGGGAGCAUAUCAGAGAGCGGCCGGCAGCCAUCUCCAUUGAAAUCAAGAGUAUCGACGACACUUCCAACUUUGACGACUUCCCAGAGUCAGACAUCCUCCAGCCAGCUAAUGCAACAGAACCAGACUUCAAAUCGAAGGACUGGGUGUUCCUCAACUACACGUACAAACGCUUCGAGGGCUUGACUCAGCGAGGAACCAUCCCCACAUACAUGAAGGCAGGGAAGGCCUGACAUGAGAAAAUGUGGAGAAACAGACGUUUACGGACACAGGGUCGGGCCUUGGAGCCCCGCUGGUGCUGAAGGCUGCGGUGUCAGCCUCUCAGUCCAAAUUCAACUAUCAUCACAAGUUAUUUAGGUCUGCUCAGCCUCCGCAAGAACGCCAAGAGCUCGGAAAUUAAGGAGCAUUACCGCAUUACCUCGGUUGUUUAUAAUGUACAUGUGCCGUCUUUAGCCAUAGCUCUCAGGCAGGCUCACUAACUAGAACACUAAAUCAGCAUAUCUGCAUGUUCAGUGGCAUAUCGCUUCUGGAUUUUCACCGCCUGAAGGCAACAGUGUGAAUGAGGCUUAAAUACAAAUCAUCGCUUUGUCAUUCUCACUUCCAUAGUUGAACACUGGCAGUGAAAUUAGGUCUGAUGCACAGAGAACGUGUGAGACUAAAGAAGUGCUUGUUACUGUAGACAACAACAGGUACCCCUCACUUUGUUUGGUCAUGGAUUUAAAGGAAAGUUCCAGCAUAUUCCAGUUUUGGCUCACGUUACUCUGUAUUAAAGAAGUUCUAAAGCUGAUUUAGAGUUAGGUGUGAAAAUCCAUCUAUAGAAUCCUAUUCAACAAAAGCACUCUGCUUUUGCUUAUCUACAGGCUCAGCGAGGCUGUGGCUGCUUUAUAAAUAAAACACAAAUAUUUGUGGUGUAGGCCUGUCAGCAGACAUCGGUGAAAGCUCAGUCGGCAUCACUGAUGAUUAAGACGACAGCAGGAAUGUGUAGGUCUGUUGUAAUGCAGGGUUUUGUAUGUACGGUAAAUGCCACAGGUUGAUGGUAUCAGUUUGGUGUACAAGCUGUGACAGUGCAUUUAUGUCAAAACAAAAAAGACCAUCUGGCUAUGUUCAGACUGCAGGCAAAUGUGGCCCAAAUCCGAUUUUUUUUUUUUUGCCCAUAUAUGGCCUGUAUCCGAUCUGUUAAAGACCGUUUGAACAGCACAAAUCUGACCCAGGCCACUUUCAUAUGUGGACCUAAAUCUGAUACCCAUCUGAUAAUUUGCAAUGCGACUUCAAUCUAAACGGCUAGGUCGCAUUUAUCUGACCUUUAUGUUAUUGAAAUGCAAUAAAUGUCACAAUUCUGCAUCCUAGGAGUGUUACCUCCAUAAACACAGUGCA